AUGAUGAGGAGCUUGAUCGCAACAAAUGGUCUAUCACACCUGAAGGAGUCUACGAGGGUGGAGGGACGCUGUGUAGAUUGCAAGCACAACACUGAAGGAUUCAACUGCGAGCGUUGCAAGGAUGGCUAUUACCGUCCUAGUGGCUUGUCGCAUUACAGGGAAGACGCUUGUCGAACGUGUGACUGCGAUCUAACGGGCUCCGUGAGCGACGUCUGCAUCAGAGACGACCAGAGCGCUCUCUCUGGACAGGUUCGCCACUGCAUCCAGUGCCAGUGUAAAGCGAAUGUGGAAGGACUGUAUUGUGACCGCUGCCGGCCGAAUACCAUCCAUCUGAACGCCGAUAAUCCAUUGGGAUGUCAAGCGUGCUUCUGCUUCGGUCUGACCGACAAGUGCAGAGAAAUCCCAUGGGCUACAGCUUCGAUUUCCAAUAACGUCGGUUGGCACCUUACCGACCUGAGCGGUGUGCGGGAAGUUCGUCCAGAAAUCGAAAAUCGUGAGGUGUUGAUGUUCAACGCAAAUCAGAACAAGGACCGUUCAUUGUUUUACUGGAAAGCGCCUGAUACCUUCACAGGGAACAUGCUGAACAGCUAUGGAGGAAAUCUGCUCUUCUACGUGUACUACGUCCCGAUGGAGCAAGGGAAUAGUAUCCCAGUGGCUGAUCUUGUUAUUGAGUUGUCCUUUUGUGCUUUCACCCAUAUAUUUGGAUUAACGUUGGACACCGCUGUGCCCCCUCCAGAAGGUACUCCGGUCGACAGAAUCGAAGACGUCCUACACCCAUCUGUACCGGACACCCGAAUGCGUGGCGUUGAAGUGUGCGAAUGCCCAGAAAAUUUUGCUGGAAAUAGUUGUGAGUCUUGCGCUCGAGGUUAUCGCCGAGUCAAUAACCAGUUGUACGGGGGUCACUGCGAGAAAUGUUCUUGUCAGGGGCAUUCGGACACUUGUGAUCCGUUCACAGGAGCAUGCACAAACUGUCAGGCGGAGAACUCGGCGGAUGUCGUCCUUGUGCAUGCCCAACAGCAGAAAAUAGCCGCUCCUCAGAGUUUGGUGGUUGCUGGACCGGCAGCAUCUCAGGAAGAUGCGUACGUGUGCACUGCAUGCGAACGAGGUUACGAAGGGAACAAGUGUGAAGUGUGUGCUGACGGCUUCUUUGGGAACCCAAUGGAGUCUAAUGGUACCUGCAAAGAAUGUGAAUGUAACGGCAACAUCGAUUUAAUGGCCAUUGGCAACUGUGACUCUGAAACCGGAAAAUGUCUGAAGUGCAUUGGGGACACCACCGGCGAACACUGUGAGUUCUGCAAAGAGAAUCACUGGGGCUCGGCUUUGGAGCACACGUGCAAACCCUGCGGAUGUCAUCAUGUGGGUGCUGAAUCGCCACAGUGCGGUAAUGAGAAUGGUGAAUGCAAGUGCAAAAUGAAUUACAUCGGAAAACAAUGCGACAGAUGCGUGGAUGGCCAUGGUGAUAUCGAAAACGGUUGCCCACCUUGCGAAUGCAACAUGAUCGGAAGCAUCGGUGAUCAGUGUGAUGCAGUCAGUGGCCAGUGCACGUGCAAGCAAGGUGUUUUCGGCAAGGAAGUGACCGGUCUGAAGUGUGAUGCGUGCCAACCGAACCACUACGGUCUUGGUCCAGAUGGAUGCAAAGAAUGUAAGAAGCUUGCUCCAGCUCCUGGCCAGGUCUGCGAUUCGGUCACCGGCGAGUGUGUUUGUCCACCGAAUACGGUAGGCGAAAUGUGCGAGAAUUGCACCGAAAACGCUUGGGACUAUCAUCCAUUGAAAGGCUGUAAGCUCUGUGAAUGUUCCGACGUUGGCAGCAGCAACGGCAAAUGUGACAUGCGAACAGGACAGUGCAAGUGUCGCAACGAAUACGUGGGAUUGCGCUGUGAUCUAUGCACCCAUGGAUUCUUUGGUUUCCCCAGUUGUCAGCCAUGUAACUGCGACCCGAGCGGUACUGAUCCACUUCAGUGCAAAGACGGGCUCUGCUUAUGCAACGAAGAGGGCGAGUGCCCAUGCAAGAAAAACGUAAUUGGAGCCGAAAUGCGACCAGUGAGUACCACCUGUGAACAGAGUUCACUUCAAUGGCAGCAGACCUAUGCUGAGGAUCGACGAGCCGUUUUCGAAGAGCCAUGGGAGUACUACACGAAGAAGCACAAUUUGAAUCUACUGAAAGAAUACCCGGCUCGUUACAACAGCUAUCCUACCGAUGCCGUCCCGUUGUACUGGCCGCUACCGAAAUCAAUGCUGGGCGAUAGGACUUCCAGUUACAAUGGUUUUCUGCGGUUCAAGGUACGUAAGUCUUGA